UUAGAUUCGAUUUGGAUCAUAGGCUCGUCAAUUAUUCAUUGGGCUCACAUAUAUGCGAAGAAUUCAAAUCAAGAGAAUCUUGGGCAGGAGUCUUCCAACAUCUUGUGGCAUGGAAUUCGGGGUAUGGUCUGGGAGCAAUUAUAUCCCACAAUUGAAUUUUUGUUAGCUCGUAACAAGAAGCCAAAGAUUAUUAUUAUACAUUGUGGGGGCAAUAAUAUUGGUCAGGCUCACAAUACAUUAAGGGGUCUUCAAAAAUAUUACAAGUCAACUUUGGCAAAUAUUGCUAAUUUACUUCCACAAACUUUUAUAAUUUGGUCACAUAUUUUGCCUCGAAAUAAUUGGAUUAAUUGUCUUGCAAAUACAGAAGGACAAAACUGUAGACGUAGAAUUAAUAGUGCCUGUGCUACAUUUGUGCUAAAUAAGUUUCAGGGUCGGGGUGCAUCAGUCAGUUAUCCAGAUAUUAGAGCUCAAUGCAAGGAAUUAUUUAGAAAAGAUGGAGUUCAUUUGUCAGAUUUGGGAAACAGUAUUUUUAUCAAUACUUUGAGGAAUGCUUUGGAUCAUUUCAUUGGUUGUAAUUUUGUUUCGUCAACAUUUCCUUGA